AUGUCCCGACCUUCAGUACGUGAAGCCAUCGCCGCUGCCCGAGCUGAACUUGCAAAAUCAAAAGCUAUCCGCGGGGGAGCCGAAGAUGAACGUCAAGCAUUCGUGAGUUCUGGUGUCCCUGGUGUUAAGAGGACAGCUCCACCUCCAAGAAGCCAGACAGAUGUGGAAAUCCUGGGGCAUACACAAAAGUCAAUUAGAAGUCUGAUUGCUAAUGCCAAAGGGACUGGUAUUAUGAAUUUAUCUAGUCGAGAUCUUACAGAAGUCCCACUAGAGAUUUGGAAUAUGUAUCAUGUCGAUCCGGACACGGUUGUUGUCGACUUCAGCUCGUCUGGUGAUGCUUGGUACAAUGCCGUGGAUUUAACACGCCUAAUUGCCGCUGACAACAAAAUUACUUUUAUUGACACCCGAAUCCGAGAGUUCGGAGCGUUGGUUACUGUAGAUUUUCGGACGAACCAGUUGACAACAUUACCAGAUGAAUUUGGCGAGCUUAAGCGGUUAGUCAACCUCAAUCUGUCGUCCAACAAGUUUGAAGUGAUUCCGCCGGUGAUUUUCACGCUCUCAACACUUGUUACCUUGCAUCUCGCCAACAAUCAACUCUCAGGAGCGUUGAAUAGUGACAUAGGGAACCUUUCUCACCUUGAAAUACUGGAUUUAACUGGCAACAAAUUGACAGAACUCCCACAAGAACUUUCUAAAUUGAAAGCUAUCCGCAAGUUGCACUUGUCCAAAAACAACUUGAAGCGCCUGCCUAUCAACAUUUUGACACAAAUGCCAAAGCUGACGGAAUUAGAGAUUUUAGAUAACAAGCUUUCGACCCUUUUUUCAGGUUUUGAGCAAUUACCUGUUGGAAACGAUAUUCUCCUCCCCUCACUAACCAGAUUGGACGCAAGGAAUUCAUGUAUUGAAAGGAUCACAGACAUUGGUACCGAUGUGAACAAUGCUACAAAGCCAAAAAUCCAGAUUCCUGUCCUCAAGGAAUUGAUGCUUUCGCAGAACAUGCUGAGUAGCAUCGAAAACCUUCUUAUGGGAACCCCUCAGCUAUAUCAUCUGGACGUUCGGGCAAAUAACUUCACUACAAUCCCUGAGGGCGUUCUUGAUCUCACGGAUUUACGCCACCUCGACAUGGCUGGUAAUAGGAUGGAGCAUGUGCCUUCGGAGCUAGGAAGCAUGGUUGAUCUUACUACAUUCAUUUGGGAGCAUAACCCUACUCGCAAUGUGCCGCGCAACGUUACUACCACGGAGGCUCUGAUGAAGCUCUUAAAACAGCGUCAGGAAACGGAGGCUUCAUUAUCUGCUAAUGCUGUUCGGGUAGAGUCAAUGGCUAUCUCUUCGUCGCAUGAUGGAAAAGAAGCGAUAUCCUCCGCCUCAGCGCCGUCGCAUUUAUCCUCCACAAAAGCAGCCUCUUCUCAUGCUGUUGCGACGCCGGCAUCCAAGAAACCAAUUCAGAAUCUGAACCUUGCGAAAAAAGCACUUAAAGAACUAUCAGUUGGUGAAAUUCAAGAGGCUUGCUCUGAUCCCCAGACUGCCAACUUGGAUUUUAAUGCUCUUACUUUCUUCCCAAAGACAUUGCAAGAGGUUGUAGGACGCACAUUGACCCAAAUCAGCAUCAACCACAACAAGAUCGCGGAAUUCCCAUUUGCACUUUCCUUUCCAUUAUUGAUCAAACUUGACCUUUCAGACAAUCUUAUCACAUCCCUGAGUACAAUGACCGCCGCUGACUCUGCUGAGGUGAUCGGACUCAACAAUUUCCCGAACUUGAACGAGCUCCACUUGUCAGCUAAUAGAUUAACAGAGCUCCCAGUCUGGCUACCUAAGACCUUCCCCAAACUCAAGACUUUAAAUGGAAGCCGAAACAAAAUUGCAGUCAUUGAUCCUAAAUCAUUUGAGGGUCUCGUGUCCUUGGAUUUGUCUGGAAAUGAGAUUGGAACUUUACCUCCACUCUUGGGUAAUGUUAGGAGUAUCAAGUCGCUGAGCCUCGACGGAAACCUUUUUAGAGUGCCCAGACGUCAAAUCAUGGAUCAAGGCACUGAGGCCGUAAUGGAAUACCUUCGUGGACGUAUUCCGGCAUGA